AUGGCCAUAGAAAGCAUAACGAGGCAUAACUUGCUACACAAACAUGGACUUCAAUCUUGCAUUAGUUAUUGUGGUAAUCACCAUUUUGGGAAUUGGUCUUGAUGGAUGCCAUAGCAAGGUUGUGCAGUUCAUUUUUGGAGACUCACUCUCUGAUGUUGGUAAUAACAUGCAUCUCUCUAGAAGCCUUGCUCAAGCAAGCUUGCCUUGGUAUGGCAUAGACAUGGGAAAUGGGUUACCUAAUGGAAGGUUCACUAAUGGUCGCACAGUAGCUGACAUAAUAGGUGACCGUACUGGCCUCCCUAGGCCUCCUGCAUUCCUGGACCCAUCUGUGAGUGGAGAAGUUAUACUAGAAAAUGGUGUGAACUAUGCUUCUGGUGGUGGCGGCAUUUUGAAUGAAACCGGUGCCUAUUUUAUCCAAAAGUUUUCCCUGGACAAACAAAUUGAGCUAUUUCAGGGGACACAGGAGUUGAUCAGAGGUAAAAUUGGAAAAAGGGCCGCUGACAAGUUUUUCAAGGAAGGUCGUUAUGUUGUUGCUUUAGGGAGCAAUGAUUUCAUCAACAACUACUUGAUGCCAGUUUACAGAGAUUCAUGGACAUACAAUGAUGAGACAUUCAUGGACUACUUAAUAGGAACACUGGAAAAACAGCUAAAGUUACUUCAUAGUUUAGGAGCAAGACAGCUGGUGGUUUUCGGGUUGGGUCCAAUGGGCUGCAUUCCCCUUCAAAGGGUGCUCAGUACAACUGGGAAUUGUCGAGAAAAGGCGAACAAGCUGGCUCUUACCUUCAACAAAGCUGUAAGCGAGUUAGUAGAUGACUUGGGGAAUCAUUUUCCUGAUUCAACCUAUAGAUUUGGAGAUGCAUAUGAUGUUGUCUAUGAUGUGAUUAGCAAUCCAAAUAAGUAUGGAUUUCAAAACUCAGACUCACCAUGCUGUUCCUUCUGGAAUAUUCGACCCGCCCUUACAUGUGUACCUGCAUCAAGUCUGUGCAAAGAUAGAAGUAAAUAUGUCUUUUGGGAUGAAUACCAUCCCACAGACAGUGCUAAUGAGCUUAUUGCAGAUGAACUCAUCAAGAAAUUUGGACUUCUGAAUUCUGAUCAAGGGGGUGCACCUUCACCAGCUCCUGAUGCUGCUCCAUCUCCUGAUGUUGCUCCAUCUCCAGAAGACCAGUGAAUACCAGUGUCCCUGUCAGUUAUACAUAAUAGUGCGUCUUAAUAAUCACACAUAAUUUCUUGUUAGAACAUAAGAACGAAACUUCGGAUUUCUCCUUUCAUUUUGCAUCACACAUGUAACCCACCAGUUAAGUGUGUAAUUCUGUGUUCUCUUUUAAGUCGAGCCUUAUAGUAUCUUGUUCAAGUUCAGAAAAUCGGUUUAGCUGAACUGGAUCAUUUGCAGCCA